CUUCUUCUUCGUCUCUUAUAAACAGUGUGUGGUUGUCAUGUUGUUGUCAUGACAGCGCCAGGUGAAAACUAGCGGCCUGUGCUGGUACAGCUAAACAGAGAAAGCUAUGGCGGAUAACAAGCAUAACAGAAGAGCUGGCACGGACAACGGAGCAGGGCCGCAGGAGGAGGGAGACAGAGUGAAAACUAAGCCUGUCUCUUGUAGCACUGUGGGAGGAGAAGGGACCGCAGUCAAACGCACAUCCCAGCAUCUCACACCUGAAGAUGAGGACGAGUCCUCAGCAGACCCACCAGCACCCCGCAAAGUCUCCAAGAUAGGCUUUAGCAUGAGCAGUCCGAUGGGGAAGAAGUCCAACCCCAUAUCUAUCAAACUUGGAGCAUCAAAACCCAAAGAGCCUGCCCCAUCAGUUCCUCCAAAAAAGUCAGGGAUGGCGUCAGUUUUUAACGAAGAUAGUGAUGAUAGUGAACCUGAGGAGAUGCCCCCAGAAGCAAAGAUGAGGAUGAAGAACAUUGGCAGGGAGACACCAACAUCUGCGGGACCCAAUUCCUUCAACAAGGGCAAGCAGGGUUUCUCCGAUCAUCAAAAACUUUGGGAGAGGAAGAUGAAGGCCCAAGCAGACAAAUUGUAAAUGACUACCACAGUUUUGAUGAUUGGAUGGGUGAUUUUGUAUAGUUUAAACCAUGUCAGAGAUAUCUAUGAAGGCUCAGACGAUUCCUCACUGUAGCCUCGGGUUUGACAAAUUCUCAGCUUUGUGAACAUGCAAUGAAGAAUACUUUAAGCCUUCGAUACUCAGUGAGUGAAUUCACGUUUACGUUUCUAACCACUACCGGCUGAUGCUAACUGAGAGGAGAGGUACCAGUGUGUCAACCCUCUGUGAUGAGAGGUUCAGACUGGGGUGAUGGGGAUAUGGGACAAACACAUUAGCCAGAAUAUUGUUUAAACUGUGUAAUAUUAGCUACGGUUGCUUUCUGCUGGCUAAUGUGAAAAUCUAGCGUCUUAGAGCCCUCAUGCCCCUUUUGUGACAUGCUUGUUCCGAUCUGAAGCUGGUUGGGUGUGGUCCGGAGCAAGUGUCGCUUGUCAAAUAUUUGUGUAAAAACGUACAUAGAAGUGGGAUAAUGUUUUAUUUUUAAAUCCACAAAUGGGAGUGUGUGUUUGAGUGUUAUGUUAUCGUGCAUGUGUGUGUGCGGCAUAGACUAGUUUCUCAUCAUCAAUGUACGACCCUUUUUGUUUUCACCAGCUGUGCCACCUCAUAGGUUUGUUUUGUUUUAUAUUAGUUUGAGAUUUGUGCCAGUAUUUCUGGUUUUGCUUACUAGAUACUGUGUUUCUGUCUGCUUCACUGAAUCUGGCAAAAAAUGUGUUUGAUCUUUUUUUAUGUUCAAAAUGGAAGGACUGCUAAUGUGUUUUUAGUUGACAACUGUAUGAAGACAGCAGUCACAUGGAUACCAGGGUGCUGGUAACAGUCAUAUUAAAGAGACAGAUCACCCCAAUAUAAAAAAAAAAUAUUUGUCCUCCUACCCGCAGUACUAUUUAUCAGUCCAAAUUGUUUUGAUGUGAGCUGCUGAGUGUUGGGGAUAUCAGCCUUAGAGAUGUCUGCCUUCUCUCGAAUAUAAUGGAACUCAAUUGCACCCGUCUUGAGGUGCUCAAAGCGCCAAAAACUACGUUU